AUGACCAACAAAAGUUUUGGCAUGUUGCUUAAGUUGCUAAAAGAGGAGUUGCUUCCUGAUGACAACACGUUGCCAAAGUCAUAUUACGAGACUAAAAGCUUGUUACGUGACUUGGGUCUCAGAUACGAUUCCAUCCAUGCAUGUAAAAAUGAUUGUGCUCUAUUCUGGAAGGAGAAUGAAGGUAAAGAAUGUUGUCCACAGUGUGGUGAGUCAAGGUAUAAAUCUCGCGAAGGUAAAGGUAAGAAAAUUCCUCAAAAAGUUCUACGAUACUUUCCUUUGAAACACAAGCUUCAACAAUUGUUUAUGUCAAGGGAUACAACCGUAGACAUGCGGUGGCACAAGGAGAAACGCGUCAAAGAGACAAAUGUGUUGAGACAUCCAGCUGAUUCAAAAGCUUGGGAGGAAUUUGACAAUAAGCAUAGUUGGUUUGCUGCCGAUCCUCGUAAUAUUCGUCUCGGGUUAGCAUGUGAUGGUUUUAAUCCAUUUGGUAACAUGAGCAAUGCUUAUAGUAUGUGGCUUGUAAUUAUUGUGCCUUACAAUUUACCACCUUGGAUAUGUAUGAAGGAACCAUAUAUGUUUAUGUCAUUGCUUCUUCCUGGUCCUAAAUCACCUGGUAAUGACAUUGAUGUGUACCUGCGACCGUUGAUCGAUGAGUUGAAAGAAUUGUGGAUAGAUGGUGUGAUGACAUAUGAUGCCUAUAGCAAAUCUCACUUUAACAUGCAUGCGGGGUUGAUUUGGACUAUACAUGAUUUUCCCGCCUAUGCGAUGACAUCCGGAUGGAUGACAAAGGGUUAUAUGGCAUGUCCAAAUUGUAACAAACACACAUGUUCUUGUUAUUUGAGUCAUGGAAAGAAGAUAUGUUACUUGGGAGCUCGUAUUUUUUUGUCAUCCGAACACGCUUAUAGGAAGCGUUAUAAGCAAUUUAAUGGUGAGAAGGAAGAAAGACAGCCACCAAAGCAGUUGACUGGUGAUGAUAUUCUAGAACAACUUAAUCUCAUACCCGAGGUUAGAUUCGGAAAAGGACCAAACAAUAAGAAGCGGACUCAUGGGAAGGAGGAACUUAAUUGGACAAAAAAGAGUAUAUUCUUUGAAUUGCCUUAUUGGAGAACGCUUUUGUUGCGGCACAACUUGGAUGUUAUGCACAUAGAGAAAAACAUAUGUGAUAACGUAUUGGGGACAUUAAUGAACAUUGAAGGAAAGACGAAAGAUACAUUCAAAAGUCGGAUGGAUUUAGAAGAAAUGGGUAUUAGAAAAAAACUUCAUCUUAGGCGUAAUGGUGAGAAAUUUGAGAUGCCACCUGCGCGUUACACAUUGUCAAAGGAUGAAAAAAGGCAAUUGUGUGAUUGGUUAAAGUCGGUGAAAUUCCCAGAUGGUUAUGCGUCGAACAUAAGCCGUUGUGUGAAUGUCAAUGAAUGUAAGAUAUCUGGAUUGAAAAGUCAUGAUUCACAUGUUCUUUUAUAG